AUGGACAGGAAGCAGAAUCUGAAUCGAGCAGAGACGUUCACUUUCAUCAACCCUUGGAUCAGAUAUUUCCUCUUCUUCUUCAGCUUCUUAUUCUGGGUUUUCUCCCUGUUGAUUGUUGCAAUCGGGGUUUAUGCUAAAGUCCAGAAGGCCACAGACACAGUACGGGACACGUUCCUGAUUGACCCGGCAGUCAUCCUGAUUGUUGUGGGGGUGGUCAUGUUCUUCAUCACUUUCUGUGGCUGCAUUGGAGCUCUUCGGGAGAACAUCCGUCUGCUUAAGACGUUCUCUUUCAGUCUGACGCUGGUCUUCCUGACCCAACUGGCUAUAGCAGUUCUGGGCUUCUUCUACUCGGAUCAGACCCGUGAUGCUCUGGGCAAGUUUGUGAAGAAAGCCAUCGUGCACUACAGAGAUGACUUGGAUCUGCAGAACAUGAUGGAUUAUAUUCAGAAAGAGUUCAAGUGUUGCGGGUGGAAUAACUAUACAGACUGGUCGUGGAACCUCUACUUUAAUUGCACACUGGAGAACCCCAGCUCAGAGCGCUGUGCUGUUCCCUAUUCAUGCUGCACCCUUGUGCCUGGAGAGGUGGUCAUUAACACAAUGUGUGGUUUUGGGGUCCAAACCCAAAACUUCCUGGAGGCCACUAAGUCAAUCUACCCGGUGGGCUGUGCAGAUAGAGCAGUCAUGUGGAUUGAGUCUCAUCUAUUGCUGGUGGGAGCCCUUGCCCUGGGUCUAGCCUUACCUCAGAUUGCAGGCAUUGUUCUGUCCCAGAUCCUGAUCUCCCAGAUCCAAGAUGAGAUCAGCGGAUUGACAUAA